CACACCUGCACCAGGACCAUGAUGAGACGAAGCCUCUGGCUGGUGCCACGAUUUGGAUCCUGCAAGGGCCUUCUCGGACCCCCCAGCCUCAGGCCCCAGAGUGUCCUGCACAGACAUACACCCAGGCAGGUUCUCGGAACAAGCUUCAGUUCAUCCACAGACUCCUUGAUUGCCAGGUUCUGUCCGAAGACUACAGACCUGAAGGAUUAUGCCCUCCCCAAUGCCAGUUGGAGCCCUGACAUGAUGCGCUUGUAUGAGGAGUUUCUAGAAAAGACAAAGGAUGGGGAAUGGAUCAAACUUCCUUCCUUCAAGAGCAAUGCUGACCAUAUCAGAGGUCUGAAGAUCCCAAUGGGAUUAACAACCACAACAAGCAAAGAAGAUGGCCGCCUUUUUACCCGAUUCCUUGAAAAGGAAGGACAAGGCUAUGAGUAUGUCAUUUUUUUCAAUCCAUCCAAGAAGAAGUCAGUCUGUUUGUUCCAGCCAGGCCCCUACCUGGAAGGUGCUCCAGGAUUUGCCCAUGGUGGAGCUCUGGUUGCAUUGGUAGACGAGACAUUUUCUAAAACUGCAUACUUGUUGGGCCAUGGAUUAUUCACUAUAAAUCUCAACAUCAAGUUUAAAAACCUGAUCCCUGUGGGCUCUGUGGCCCUGCUAAAUGUUCAAUUAGAGAAAAUAGAAGACCAGAAGAUGUUCCUAUCCUGCAUUGCCCAGAGCCCUGACCAGCAAGUGCUCUUUGCAAAGGUUUCAGGGGUCUUCCUUCAGCUGGAAUUGGAAAAGGAAGAAUAACAGUGACCAGUCCCAAGUUGUCCCUAUGUGCUACCUGCCCACUCCUCAAUUGAGGGCACUGAUCUGCCUUGGCAAUGGGUGGACUUGGGGGUUGGAGGGGUGGGGAGAGAGUAAGUAAAUUUCCACA